AUGCUACUCAGCCCAGCAGUCCUCGUGGUUGGCGCGUUAUAUGCAACCUUCCUAGUCCUGCGUUACCUGACGCAGUUACACCACCACCAUAAACACUCCAAAUCCCUGCAUUGUCAACCAUGCGCGCCCGGCUCCUCCGCAUUUUUCGGCAUCCCAGCGUUUGUUCGUCUCAGUAAAGCGGUGCGCGAAAAACGCUGGAUCGAUUACAUGACCAAUCAAUAUACGACCUACGGGAAUACUUUCAACCAAUAUAUAUUUGGUCGGCAGAUCGUCACCACCAUUGAACCGGCCAAUGUGAAGGCAAUUCUAGCGACUCAAUUCCAAGAUUUCUGUUUGGGGACACGACACGAGCAGUUCUACCCUCUACUCGGCGAUGGGAUCUUUACGUUGGACGGUGCGGGUUGGUCGCACGCGAGAGGUCUAUUGCGACCGCAAUUUACCAGAGAUCAGGUUGCAGAUCUGGCCCUACUAGAUGACCACAUCAAUCACCUCCUUGAUCUCAUCCCCAAAGACAGGUCCAGCUUCGACAUCCAACGCCUAUUCUUCCUCCUCACGCUUGAUUCCGCUACCCAUUUCCUCUUCGGCGAGUCAGUGGGCUGCAUGCUCCCCGAAUCCGAAACAACCGGUGUCCUUGCCAAAUCCGCAGUGCGCAACGCCCAGGGCUUCGCCGACGCAUUCACUAUCGCCCAGGAUUACCUCGCUGCGAGAUCUCGCGCCCAGGGACUCUACUGGCUCGUGAACCCAAAGGCAUUCCGCGAGGCGAACAGCCAAGUCCACGAAGUAGUCGACCAUUACGUGAAUGUCGCGCUGGAAUCUAAACGGAACCCCGAUAAAAAGGACGACAGUGGCCGCUAUAUUUUCCUUGAUGCUCUCGCGGCCGAUACGGACGAUCCGAAGAUCCUGCGCGACAACAUGUUGAAUAUUCUACUCGCUGGUCGAGACACCACGGCCAGCUUACUGAGUUCAACUUUCUACUACCUUGCGCGCCAUCCGAAUGUCUUUGCCAGAUUGCGCCGGGAGAUCAUCGAGGUAUUCGGCGAGAGUAGGAACCCGCUCGGCGAAAUCACGCAAACAAAGCUCAAGGAUAUCGCGUACCUGCGAUAUGUUCUCAAUGAGACCCUCCGUCUCCAACCGCCGGUCCCGAUUAACUUCCGCGUCGCAACCAAAGACACAUCCCUCCCGGUCGGAGGAGGUCCGGAUAAACAAUCGCCUGUUUAUAUCAAGAAGGGCACGAUGUGCGCUUAUAACGUGUAUGCUAUGCACCGCCGCACAGAUCUAUGGGGCAAGGAUGCACGAUCGUUCCGACCGGAACGAUGGGAAGAGAACGCUAAACACGGAUGGGAAUAUCUGCCUUUCAACGGUGGACCUCGGAUAUGUCUCGGUCAACAAUAUGCUCUCACCGAGGCCAGUUAUACUGUUGUUAGACUCCUUCAGUACUUUGAUACGCUCGAAAAUGCGGAUCCACGCUUGAACCAGACAGAGGAACCGGUCAAGUUGUCUAACUUGACUAUGAUGCAUGACGCCGGUGUGUCGGUGAGACUGUAUUCUUCGAAUAUGAUUUAA